CUCCAACCCAUCCAUCGUAAAAAAUGGCUGCCUCGGCGGCAGCGGCGGGUUCUUCCCCCGGGUUGUGCCCCAGCUUCGCCGUGAUCUGCUCUUUUUUAGAGCGUUAUGGAGCGCUGUUGGAUCUCCCGGAGCUCACAUUCCCGCAGCUGGAGCGCUAUCUGCAGGAAACGGCCGCAGUUCCUAAGCUGCUGGUAGACCUCCAUGUGAAGCUGCUUCGGAAAAUAGGCAAGUCCGUUUCGGCAGACAGAUGGGAGAAAUAUCUUGUGAAGAUCUGUCAGGAGUUCAACACCACCUGGGCAUGGGAACUGGAGAAGAAGGGAUAUCGUGAGAUGACUGUGGAGUGUAAGACUGGAAUUCUCAAGUAUUUGUGCGAAUGCCAGUUUGAUGACAAUGUCAAGUUCAAGACAGCCAUCAAUGAAGAAGACCCUGAUAAAAUGCGUCUCCAGCCCAUUGGCAGAGACAAAGACGGCCUCAUGUAUUGGUUCCAGCUUGACCAGGAUCACAAUGUAAGGGUGUACGUGGAGGAGCAGGAUGAUUUAGAUGGCUCAUCCUGGAAAUGUAUUGUUAGAAACAGAAAUGAUUUGGAGCAGAUCCUUGAACUCCUAAAGACCCAGAUCGAUCCUGCACUGUUGGUUAAAAAGGAUCAGGAGGAAGGUUCAUCGAGUAACAGCCCAAACCCAGAGACUGAAGAAAACAAGAUGAAAGAUGAUGGAGAGGUUAAAAAAGACAAGGAUUUGGAUGAAGAGAAGGUGCCCAAAACUGAGAAAGAUGACAUGUUGGCACAAAUUGAUAGUGGAAAAAAGAAAAUUAUAGAGGGAAAAGAAUCACUAACUGACAAGGACAGUAAAGAUGAUGUCAAAUCUGUUGUAGUCGAGGGAACCAUUAUCAAAGCCAUUAAAGAGGAGCUCAUGGAAGGAGACGAAGCUCUCAACACCACAUCCAAGUCGACAUCAGAAAAGAACGGUAGAGCGCUGCCUUCAGAACACGCAAGCGAGGUGAAGAAGAAAUCUGACGAGAUCCAGAAAGCUUUGAAAAAUGACCAACAGGCUAAGAUCCCCCUGAAAAAGCGUGAGAUGAAACGAAGUGAGGAUUUUGACGCCAGCAAAUGUGGAAGCGGUGGCAGCAGUAUCAUUGUGCGUAAUCCAGCUGUAAAAGAAGUGUGGCCUGCCAGCGAAGAAAACGGAUUGAGCAGUGAGAAUCUCAAUGGGAAUGUCUCGCCUGCUGUAGCAGUGGAGGGUGAUGGGCAGGCGAGUGACAACACGCAGAAAAAGCGAACGGAAACGAAAGCUAUUUCUAAAGCUCAGCAAGCAGAUGCUGAAGUCAGGGAAGCAAAAAAACAGCUUUCUGACACCAAACAAGAAGAGGGACCUGAAGAAAAGCAUACGAAAGGGGAGGCGGCGACGGAUAAGAGCCAAGCUAGCAUGGAGGAAUCCAUGGAAGUGGAGGAAACUCUUGUUUCAAAGGGGGAUCAAGAAACAUCACCAAAGCUAGAAGGGGCACCUCAAACGACUGAAAAGUUCUCCGAAUCGGAUGCGAUCCGGGCUGAUGAGUCAGCAAAAAUGAAAGUUGCAGAAGAUUGUUCAAAACCUCUAGGCAAGGAAGCAUCUGAGAAGUUUAGUGGGACAAAACGCACAGACCAAGCUGGGAAUGAGAAGAAGCUAGAGACAAUAAAAGAGAGUCCUAAUGAGCGAGAGAUGGAUCAAGCCUCGAACGAUGAAGCAAAUGCUGCAAAAGGUGACAAAACGCAGAUGGGAACGGAGGCCCCUAUGGACACUGAGACAUCAGCAUCACAAGACUCUACAAAACAGCAAAGUGCUGCGAAUAAGAGCAGACGAACUGUCCAAAAAGCAGACAAGCCUUGGAAGUCUGAAGAAACCCAAAAUCCUGUCGACAAAACAUCUACAACUCUAAAGGACUGUGCCUUACUGGAACGUGAUAAAAAAUCUGAAUCUGGUUCCACAAAGCAGACCAAGGAACAGGAACUACUGAAAGAGGAGAACAUCCCAGAAAAAGAAUCUGAACCUUUAAAUGAAGAAAAGAAAUUGCCUGAAGACUCGGCUGUAUCCAAGGAGAAGGAAAAACCGUCUUUGCCAAAAGAAAAUGAAAAGACUGAAAAAUCACCUGUGUGUGAAGAGACGAAUACAGGAUCUGCAGCCAAAGAAUCUUUAAAAUCGGAUCAUGACGGAACGUCGGAUAAACCCGCCACACCGGAUACAGAAGGAACCGCUUCAGUUGUUACCCAAAAAGAAUCUGCAGAUCAGGAGAAACGGGACGCCUUGAAAAAGACAGAGGAACCUCCUUCUCCUGCUGUGUCCAAACCGGACGACGUAGUGAACAAGGAUAAGACGAUGGAAGUUACUUCAGCAAACACCAAGGAUAACGAAGUACCCACAAAUAAUAAGGAGGGACCAGAACAGAACAUGGCAGUUGAAAAAGCUCCUUCUGAUACCACGUCCAAGGAUUGUGAUGCUGAACCUCAGAAGGAAGCUUGUGGUGAGAGAGGCAUGCAGGACAAGCAUCCUGUUGUGGAGAGCAAAGCUUCUACAGAGGAAUCCAGCAAGGACCAGAAAGAAAAUGGUGAACAAAAAAGUACUUCCAAGAAGGAGGCGAGCCUCAGUGGCGAAUCGACAGGAGAUCGGAAUCAAGCAAAGGAAAAAGAGAAGACGAGUAAAGGAGAAGCAGGCGAUAGCAAAGCGGUACCUGAAGUGCCACAAGAAGGAAUCCGUCUGAAAAUCAAGGUCCCGGCUCACAGACGGAGGGCAGAGCUGCAGCGAGAAGAGGGAAAGGGGGACUCGGAGUCUGAGGCAAGCGAAGGGAGAUGUCUAAGGCGCUCGCCGAGGAUUUGCAGACCAACAGCCAAGCUAGCAGAAAUUCAAGACCGGAAGGUGGAGAAGAAACAGGUCACACCUUCAGUAGAGAAGGAGAAGGAGGAAAAUGAAGAAAAGGAGGGAGAAGAAAAUGCAGUACAAAAAAAGCCAAGAGAGAAGAAGGUUGAUCAAGAAGGUCAAGCGAAACCAAAGGGGAGACGCCAAAGGCGAGUACGGUGGUCGAGGUACCGGUCACGACGCAAAAAGAAAGGCUCCGAGGAAGAAAAUGAAGACGACGAUGAGGAGGAUGACGAGAGUUCAAGUGAGGAGGAAGAGAUAGAGGAAGAUGACAGUGAUGAGGAUUACCAGGUGGAGAAAAAAAACAGGAGGAGGAAUCGGAACAGAGAGAGGAACAACUCUGAUGCUUCUACCUCAUCUUCAGAUGACCUCCCCCCAAAUGACGACCCUUGCAAACACUGUGGCCUGCCCAACCAUCCUGAGCUGAUUCUACUGUGUGACUCGUGUGACAGCGGUUAUCACACAGCAUGUCUCCGGCCUCCUCUCAUGAUCAUCCCAGAUGGUGAAUGGUUCUGUCCACCGUGCCAGCAUGUAAGUCAUGUCAAACUGCUUUGUGACAAGCUGGAAGAACAAUUACAGAAUCUAGACGCGGCACUUAAAAAGAAAGAACGCGCCGAGCGAAGGAAAGAGCGUCUGGUCUACGUCGGGAUAAGCGUUGAGAAUAUCAUCACGCCUAGUGUUGAAGCAGAGGAAGAAAAACAAGAGGUGGUGAAAGAGAAGAAGGAAGUCAAGAAAAACAAGUCUUGGGGCCGAAGAUCAACCAGGGCCAAAAAAUAUAUAAGCUACAGGUUUGAUGAGUUUGAUGAAGCUAUCGAGGAGGCAAUCGAAGAAGAUAUCAAAGAGGCAGAGGGAGGAGGAGCAGGCCGUGGGAAGGACAUGGCGAAUAUCACAGGUCACCGAGGGAAGGACAUGUCCGCCAUUUUGCAGGAAGAAGGGAAGGAAAAUGGGCGUCCCAAACGUACAAGUAUUGGGCAGCGGAGGAAAAAACGGCGGCGCCUCAACGACCUGGACAGCGACAGCACCGUGGAUGAAGAGGAGAGUGAAGAAGAGUUCCGCCUCAGCGACAGCAGUGAGGAGGAAGAGUUUGUGGUAUCUGACAUGGACAGUGAGGCAGAGGUGAAGUCCUUCGACGACAGUGACUUUGGCAGUGAUGGCCCUGGACCGAUCACGAGCUUUUUGUCCAGACAGAGGUCAACGAAACGGUGGAACACACGACCCCUCCGGCGACGCAGACCCAAAGGAUACUCUGAUGAUGAAGAGCUUGAAGAGACUGAUGAAGAGGAGGAGGAAGAAGAAAUGGUGACUGAGGGUUCCAGUGAGUUUAGUGACAGCGACCUGGAUAUGCGCAGACGCCGUUCCCACCGCAGCCAGAAAAAACAGGUCAAUUACUGUGAGGCGUCCGACUCCGAUGGCUCCCAGGGAAGCACCAACAGGGACAAGGCCAAGAAGCGCAGGCGCUUAUCCAGCUCUGAGAGCGAUGAGAGUUUCUGCUCCAUGGACUCUGAUGAAGAUGGAAAGAGUAAAAAGCAGAGGGUAGCCUUGUCGGAAGAGGAGUCUAGCAAACAGCGCAGGCGUCUGUCAUUGAAGCGCAGGAGGGAGUCUGAGGACGACGACGAUGACAAUAGCAGCGAUUCGGAAGAAGAGGAACGGCCCGUCCGCAAGCGGGUGAACCGCAUCGAUUCGGAUGACAGUGACGAGGAAGAGAAGGAGAAGAAGAGCACCGAGAAAGAAGGCGAGGAUGCCGUUGGGAAAGGGGUCAGCCCUCUAGACUAUAACCUGGAACUUCCUCCUACUAACGGACAGAGCCCCAUGAAAACUCUGGAGGGUUUCAUCUCUCGUCCUGCCACGGGCAUGGCUAACCCUGCUCUCAUGAGUCAAAUAGGGCUGAAAAACAGCAAUGCGCCACAGCCCGUAUCCAUCGGCGCCAAUGGCCUGGUUCCCCAGGAGAUGGCGCAGCAGGAUGAAGAUGAGGAUGACCUUUUGGGGGUCACAGACCUUGUAGACUAUGUUUGCAACAGUGAACAGUUGUAAGACGUGGUGUCUUAUUAAACGUUUGUCAGAGUAAUUUUGUCUUUCCAUUUGUGGCCAAGUUCCCAUAACAUAUUUCUCAGUUCUAUCCUUUUUUUUUUUUUUUUUCUUCGCUUUUGUAUCAUUGCCGUGCUCCUCACAGAGGUCCUGGGACUCUUUCCAGCAAAACAGUGUUCUGCAAGAAACUGUGAUUAUUCUGGGGAUGUAGUGAGCAGGGUACUGGAAUCUUCAGACUCCACUUUGCUCGCUCCUUCAAUCCGUUGAAAGUCAUGAGCUUGGCCUUCGAGUUAGUCGCAGGCUGAUAGAAGCACCUAAACACAGGUUGUCACGAAAUUCACCAAACGAAUGUGCCGUCAGUGGGCCCAUCAUUAAAAGAUGGUGAAUAAGAUGGGUUUUUUUUUUUUUAACCUUUCUGAAUGAUACCAAUCCUUUGGAAGACAGAACCUUUUGUCCUCUAUUUUACACUAAUGUAGCCAUUCCUUCUCAGAAAAAUCUAUCAUUUGACGUUUUCUUUUGUUGUCAAAGUACCCACGUGUUAUUGUUCUACACUGUUAUGGGGGGGUAAAUCAGAAGUUAGAAAUGGGUAAAGGCAUUAAAAAGCCAUCAAGAAAUGCAUCCGAGCCAAGGUCUAGACAUGGUUACCAGCUUUUCAAACCAUAUCUCUGACUGUUAAGAAAUCCUUGUACUAUAUCCCCCCCCCCUUCCUUUUUAUUUUAAUAUUUUUUUUUAAUAAAACAAAACACAUUGGUCAAAUAGACAUUGGUUGGAGACUGGGUGCUUUUGUUUAAGGAACACAUUGUAUCUGAUUGAAAGCCUAUGCUUGGUUUUGUUAUACUAUUUAUUCUUUGAAAAUGUUAUUUAACUAAUUGCAGUUCAAUCGUCUAUGGAUUCAUGAGGGCAACAAGUGUGAAUCGAGAAUUGGGAUUUGGGACUUCCGUUCAAAGAAAUGCUCCAUUAUUUGGUCUUGUAAUUUUGUGGGGGAGUUCCCCCCGCUAUUUUCUUUCCCAUAACAUGAAUAGAAUCUAAGCGAUCAAACACUACGGCAGCUCGUCAGUGCAUCGAAUGCCAAAUUGAAAAAAGUGUCAAUUGUGAUCCAUACCGCCGUGUACAUGUGUAAAACUUGGGUUGUUUCGAACAAGCAACUUUUUUUUUUUUUUUUUCCUCCCCUUGUUUUUGUUAUUAUAAUGACAUUUUUCUAAAGGGUGAUUUUCAGAUUCAUUUCUUUUAUAGAAAGUGUCCUGUCGUUAAUGUAUUAUCUGUGGAUUCCAUGCAAGUUAUAUUCAUCUCCAUUUUAAUACAAGCCUUUUUUUUUUUAAUAUAAAUGUCAGAAGAUCCACCACAGCACCUCUCGCCACUCAUCUGCUUGUGUUACCAUUUUGCUCUUAUCCUGCACUAUACAGUAUAUUAACAUAUUACGUUGUUUUCUAUAUAUACAGACUUACUAUUUUUCCUUCAAUAUCUGAGCAAUAUAUUUUUCUUGUUAACAAAAUGUAUGGAAAUUUUCACUGUCCACCAAGCUACUGUUAUGAUCUUUUGCCGACAUUCAUGGGGGUAAAAGUCCCCCUGCAGUGGCGUUAAAAAAAGGAAAAAAAAAAAAAGUUUCACACUAUGUUGACUCCCCUGCAAUCAAAGCCUUCCUGUUUUUUCAGCAUAGAACAGAUUGUGUUAAAAAAAAAAAAAAAACCUGAAUCUGUAAUGGAUACUAACGCUGGCAGGAACAGACUUGUACUGUUGGAGUCAGUGGGAAUGAGUAAAGAACAUGCGAAAUGUAAAGUAUGACAUUAUCCUUGCGUGUACUAUAUCUGUAGUUUUUGCUGUAACAUAGAAGCAUUUUUAAAUCAUCUGAAUGAUAUAUUUAGCAGUCCUUUAUGAUUGCACCUGUUUAUAGUUUCUUUUUUGUAGUAGGUUGUGUAACUUUUGUACAAUUUCGAAGUGUCUAAAAUUAAUUACAGCAUGUUCGUUGCGUCCGAUUUUGUUUCCCCACCCCCCAAUUUUUUUUUUUUUGUCUGUUGUAAGCCAAAAUCUCACAUUUGUCAACCCUUUUUCUCCAUACUUCAUUAGUGGCACCAUCAUUUGUUUUACUGCUUGCUAGAACUCUGUACAUAUGUAAUCUGUUCUUGGAGGGAAUCCUGUGUGAGUGAGAGAGCUGUAACAUCUGAGCUCAGCAAAAAAAAAAAAAAGGUGAUCGAGAUAAAAAGCUUUGUAAAAUGUCUUGUAAAAUAUCGUGUAAGCUUGGCAUGCCUAUCUCCUAAUCACAUUCGUCUUUCGUCUUCAUUUUCUUUGUGCAGCGCGUGAGACGCGUAGGCCGUCACUGCUAAAUCAGUUAGUUCAGUUUGACAUGGUGCCUGAGGAAGGUAAGACCCCUAUAACCGCUGUGCUCCUUCGGAAGCAUUUGGAUACUGAAGAAGUCCGACGUUUUAAUUUGAGCUAUAUGAAGUAAAGACACUUGUCUUUUCCCCUUUAUUUUUUAUUUUUAUUAUCUAUAUUUUUUAAAAUACCGAAAUGAAAGAUGACAUGAUGAAAGAAAGUUGGUGCCAAUAAACUGUCUUUUGGUUUGGUUGUAGUUUAUGGCCUGGACAGAUGUGUACAUGGAGUAUGGUUCAGGCCUUAGCUUUUCGAUAUGUCCUCUGGCUUUUUUUUUGUUUGUUUGUUUGUUUUUUUGUUAACUGUAUUGUAAUUGCUUUCAUAUAAAUACAAUCUUGUACAUUUGUCAUAAUAAAAGGGUACCGCACCUUUA